AUGGCACCAUCUACACAAGAUCCCUCUCAUGGCAACAAUGCAAGACCCGAUCAUUCUUCUCCUUCUUCAAACUCUACGAGUACAGUGGGAUCCAAAGAGAAAUGGACUACUGUCACAAAAUCCGAUGAACCUUCGUCCUCGAUACUCUCGUCUUUCCACAAAGUCUUUGUUAACGGCGUCCCGCUGGCAGACUAUGUCAAAGAAGAUCCUCAUUGGAACCUUCUGCUCGAUAUUGCUACUCCAUGUAUGGAGUGUGAACACAAGCGUAUUGAGUGCACCGUUCCAGCAAAGUACCCCCGUUGCGAGCCCUGCGGCAGCAGUAACUGUAGUAUAUCGCACCUGGCUCGUCACCGUGCAUUUGCCAGACAACACGGGAAGGACCUGGCCUUCAGUCGGAAAUUUCUGGACGAACAUGGCGUGACAAAGAAGGACAGUUAUACAAUCCCCUUGAACUAUUGGCGGACGUAUGACUCCCUGUUGCGCAAAUGGAAUCAUCCACCUGAGAUAUCGGCCGAAUUUCGGAUAUUCGAACAAAAUGAAGACCUCACCACACAGGAAACUUCCCCAGAUCCACAAAUCAACGAAUCUUCUGUGCAGCUCUUGUCAAAACCAUCCAAGGAGAAGAAAAAGGUGCCCAAGUGUUUGACGGAAGAAGCUACCCCGAAGGAUACUAAGAAGGGCAAGGGAUGGGCAGAGGAAACCACCGCGAAGAAUACGAAGAAGGGCAAGAAGCGUUCAGCAGAAGAAUCCGUGCCUCCGGAUACGAACAAGGCGAAGAGGCGGUUGACAGAAGAGUCCCUGUCCAAAGAUGACGAGACGGGCAAGGGACGCUCGGCUGAAGAAGCUCUACCUAAGGAUAAUAAGAAGGGCAAGGGCUGUGCGGUAAACGAUAGUCUUGACACCCUCCAGCGUGAAAGCAACGAAAGGUCCCAGGAACACAAUAAACUCCAGGAGGAAUGCUCGCUUUCCAAUAAACGCCUUUGUCAAGCACAGCACACUUUGGACGAGAGGAACGCAAUGGCCGCCCGCCAGCAGGUGCUGAUCGAGGAACUCAACGAGACCUUACAGAUUUACGAAAGCAGAGCCUCGGGCGCCGAAUCCCUCAUUCAAACCUAUUAUCAGGAUUCACAAGAUCCUCUUUCAAACCGGGGCAAUCUGCCUGCUGUCCCCAAUUUUGACCAACGCAUGGUGCUAUGGGAUCAUUACCUUCAGGUCUAUUUGGAAGCACUCUUGAAUGGAACCCCGCUUGAACCUGUAUGUCGUAUUCUCGAUGAUCCCCUUCGCGAAAAAUCCCAUCCUCCAGCUGUCGAUACGAGCCUGCCCCACGGCGGUGUGGAACCUACCGACGUGGCAUCUGAUGAGUCCUAUGUCAAGAAUUUAUCAAUGUCUUGUGGUGGUCCUGUCCCAGGUUCCCCAGAUGAAAACAUAGCCACAGCGUCCAGCAGUUCUGUUUCCAUAGUCGACGGCCCCAUUGAAGAGAAAACUGUUGAUUUAUCUAGUGACAACGGAAGCCUUUUUACCCCGUAG